AUGGGAUUCGAUCUCCUGACGGAGGUGGCGCCAGCCAGGCCGGCCACGGGCGACCUGCCGUCCGCCGGGCCCACCUACAGGGCGGCCGCGUUUAAGGACGGCGCGCCCAGCCUCGAGGGCGUGACCACGCUGCUGGAGGUGUUCGACAGGAGCGUGGAGCGGUACCCGACGGCGGACUGCCUGGGCUGCCGGCCGGUGGCGGACGGCAAGGCGGGGGACUAUGUGUGGUGGACAUACAAGGACACGUCGAAGAAAGUGGCGGCGGUAGGAUCGGCGCUGAAGGAGCUGGGCAUCGCGGCGGGCGCCAAAGUGGGCGUGUUCGGGGCCAACUGCCCUGAGUGGAUGCUGGCCAUGCAGGCGUGCAACCGGAUGAGCUACACGUGCGUGCCCCUGUACGACAGCCUUGGCGAGGACGCCGUGGAGUACAUCGUGCAGCACAGCGGCGCCAGCGCGGUGUUCGUGUCGCAGAAGAAAUUCGCCAAGCUGGCUGACGCGCUGGCCAAGCUGAAGGGCCAGGUCAAGGUGGUGGUGUACUGGGGGGAGUCCGACGAGGCGUGCGUGAAGGCCGCCGAGGCGGCCAAGGCGUCCGUCCACUCCCUGGAAGACUUGAUGAAGCUGGGAGAGAACAAGCCCUGUGACGCCGUACCGCCCAAGCCCGACGAUCUGAGCACCAUCAUGUACACCAGCGGCACGACGGGGCAGCCCAAGGGAGUCAUGCUGACCCACAAGUCAGUCACUGCCCAGGUGGUGUCUCUCGCCACAUACCUGGGCCAAUUUGGGAAAUGGGGUCCUGGCGACAUUUUCCUCUCGUAUUUGCCUCUCGCCCAUAUUUUUGACAGGACUGCGGAAGAACUGUUUUUGCACCUUGGUGGUGCUAUUGGGUACUGGAGGGGAGACAUAGCUGGCCUUGUGGAUGACAUGGCAGCCCUGCAGCCCACCAUGUUCGUCGGAGUGCCUCGUGUGUUUGACAGAAUCUACGCCCGUGUCACCUCCCAAGUGGCUUCAUCCAGCUUCCUGAAGAAAUUCCUCUUCAACUACGCUUUCAAGAGAAAGCUCCAUUUUCUGGACCAGGGCAUCAAGGCUGAAGAGGCCACGCCUCUGCUGGACUGUCUCAUUUUCAACAAGAUCAAGGACAGGCUUGGGGGCAAGGUGAAGCUGAUCGUCACUGGUGGUGCGCCGAUCGCCCUGCACACAGAGAACUUCCUCAGGGUGUGCUUCUGCUGCCCAGUCGUCCAGGGCUAUGGGCUGACUGAAACAUGUGCCGGUUCGUUCAUCGCCAUCCCUGAUGCCAAGGGCAUGUGUGGAACAGUUGGGCCGCCACAGCCUGUUUGCUCCUUCCGACUUGAGUCAGUCCCCGAAAUGAACUACGAUGCUUGUGGACCCGAGCCGAAAGGGGAGGUCUGCAUUAAAGGGGAAUCCAACUUCUCUGGAUACUACAAGGAUGACAAGCAAACGAACGAAGUUCUGGAGAAGGAUGGAUGGUUUCACACAGGUGACAUUGGGACCAUCGUCGGUGAUGGCGUUCUCAAGCUCAUCGACAGGAAGAAGAACAUCUUUAAACUCUCACAAGGUGAGUACAUUGCGGUGGAGAUGGUGGAGGGCGUGUACAAGAAAAACCCCAUGGUGGAGCAGCUGUGGGUGUACGGCAACUCGUUCAAGAGCUGCCUGGUGGCCGUCGUGGUGCCCGUGAAGGACAAGCUCAUGGCCUGGGCGUCCCAGCACGGCGUGCAGGGCACUUUCGAGGAGGUUUGCAGGAAUUCUGAUGCAUGCGACCACGUGCUGGAGGUCUUGAACCUGACGGCCACGGAGGCGGCACUGAAGGGCUUCGAGAAGAUCAAGGCCGUGUACCUGGACGCCGUGCUCUUCAGCGUCGAGAACGACUGCCUGACCCCGACCUUCAAGCUGAAGCGCCCCCAACUCCUCAGGAAGUAUGAGAAGGAGAUCGAGGCGCUGUACAGCAGCCUGGGCUGA